GUGGCGACCAAGAUGGCGGACUUAACGGCCUUGGUUUACCAAAACAAAAAUGAUCAAAUGAACUAUCUAACAGCGAUAUAGAUUCUCAAAUAUUCGUCUUUUCUAAAGCCGACGAAACAACAGUUGAGUUUGGAGCGAUGGAGUGUUACCUGAAGUGAAGAUUGAAGACGUGAUAGAAGAUGGACGACUACUGCUAUGCUAAGAUGGCGACGUCAUGUAAAGAAAGUGAAAGAGAAUCACCAACGGAGAAAAAUAUGAAAACCGAACAUGAAGACGUCCAGCAGCUGAUUGGUCAUCAUGAAGAACUUACGCCUCAGCUGCAGGGCGGGAGCCCUACUUUGAAGCAGGAGACUCCACAACCACCCUGCAUUAAAAAGGAAGAGGAGGAACUCUGCAUCACUCAGGAGGGAGAGUGUCUUCUAGGGCAGGAAGAAGCUGAUCUCACCAAGUUGCCACUGACUGUUAUCUCUGUGAAGACUGAAGAUGAUGAAGAGAAACCACAAGUAGACAACCAUUUAGCUCCACUAUCAGAUAGUGAGGCUGAAAAAGAGGUUGAAGAUUCUUUGAGCAGCGAUACAGACUCUGAAGGUGAUAUGAGGACUCAAACUGACCACAAACACUCUGAAUGCUCUACAAAGAAGACAUGUAAAAAGAAUUUGAGCUGUUUAGUUUGUGGCACAAUAUGUACUAAAAAGAGCCUUUUGACUCAACACAUGAGAACACACACGGGAGAAAAACCAUUUAAUUGUUCAAAUUGCAGCAAAAGCUUUUCUCAAAAUAGCGUUUUAAUUCAACACAUGAGAACACACACUGGAGAAAGACCAUUUGAUUGUUCUGUUUGUGCUAAAAACUUUUCUCACAAAAGCAGUUUGACUCAACACAUGAGAACACACACCGGAGAAAAGCCGUUUAAUUGUUCCGUUUGCAGUAAAAGCUUUUCUCAAACAAGCAGUUUGAUUCAACACAUGAGAACGCACACAGGGGAGAGACCAUUUGAAUGUUCUGUUUGCGGUAAAACAUUUUCUCACAAGAGCAGUUUCACUCCACACAUGAGAACACACACAGGAGAAAAACUAUUUAUUUGUUCAGUGUGCGGUAAAAGCUUUUCUCAAACCAGCAGUUUGACUAGACAUAUGAGAACGCACACAGGAGAAAAACCCUUUGAUUGUUCAGUUUGCAGUAAAAGCUUCACUUUACAGUGCCAUUUGACUCAACACAUGACAACACACACAGGAGAAAAACAAUUUAAUUGUUCAGUUUGCGGUAAAAACUUUUCUCAAAACAGCAGUUUGACUCAACACAUGAGAACACACACAGGAGAAAAACCCUUUGAUUGUUUAGUUUGUGGUAAAAACUUUACUCACAAAAACAGUUUGACUCAACACAUGACAACACACACGGGAGAAAAGCAGUUUAACUGUACAGUUUGUGGUAAAAACUUUUCUCACAAGAGCAGUUUGACUGAACACAUGAGAAAGCACACAGGACAAAAAAAAUUUAGUUGUUCAGUUUGUGGUAAAAGGUUUUCUCGAAGGAGAGAAUUGCCUGUACACAUGAGCAUGCACACAGGAGAAAAACAAUUUAAUUGCUCAGUUUGUGAUAAGGGCUUUACUAAAAAAUGCCAUCUGACUCAACACAUGAGAACACACACAGGAGAAAGACCCUUUAAUUGUUCAGUUUGCUGUAAAACCUUUUCUCAUAAGGGCAAUUUGACUGACCAUAUGAGAACGCACACUGGAGAAAGACCAUUUAGUUGCUCCGUUUGUAGUAAAAGCUUUUCUCAUAGACUAAGUUUGACUCGACACAAAAUGAAACACACGGAAUGAAAAACUUUUAGCUGUUCAAUUUGUGGCCUGAAAUGGGACAUUUGCAUGGUCACCCGAGAACACACAGCAGUAGAAAUAAUUAGGUUUAGUGCGCUGUAAGAGUUAUACUCCUGUCCAAGGUCAAAUUAAGUUUAAUUAGAUGAGUACACACACAGUAGAAAAAUAAUUAGUUUGUGAUACCACAAUUUUAGCAGACACUCGGUUCUGGAUCCUCAUUUGAAAGUCGUCGUCGUCGUCGCUCACAAAAUCUGACGAUGCUAUUUUUGUUGAUGGAAGUCGUGUAAAAAUGCUUUGCAAUAUGAAUGCAUCUAGGCAAUUCAUUUCUGACAGAAAAUGUCGAACAUGACCAAAAUACUGUACCGUAUUUUCCGCACCAUAAGGCGCCCUGGGUUAUAAGUCGCGCCUUCAAUGAACGGCAUAUUUCAAAACUUUGUCCACCUAU